AUGAACGAGGAUUUAUCUGAGAUAAUAAUUGUCCAAAACAGACGAUCCCAAGUAAUAAAAAAAUUCUUCGGAUGGAUACGAUACAUAUCUGUGGAGCCGACAAUGUGGCUUUACAUAAUGGCAUACAUGAUGACAUCAGUUGUCGAGCAAGCUCUUUUUGUUGACAAGUCCUGCAGAGUUAAUCACGGAUUUUCUGAAGAAGUUUGCAGAGAUAUCAAGAAUAAUGACACUAUUAAUAAAAUUGUUCAGGUAACAGUAUCAGAUUUCCACCAAUGGAACAACAUCGCUGGUCAUGUAGUUCCAAUAAUUUUAUCUCUGUUCUAUGGAAACUGGAGUGAUCGACGCGGUAGAAAGCUUCCUCUGAUAAUAGGUCUUCUGGGGAAAAUUAUUUACUCCGGAAUGAUUGUUGUAAAUACUCUGAAACCAAACUGGGACUUGUUUAUGAUAAUUUACACAGCAAGCAUACCCAUGGGGAUGCUCGGUGGAGAUCUUGCUAUUUUUGGGAGCUGUUUCGCUUACAUAUCCGAUGUUUCUUCCGCAAAACAACGCACACUGAGGGUUACUAUUCUGGAAAUCGCUUAUCUCAGUACUAUGCCAACAGGUAUCGCGCUUGGAUCAUAUUUGUUCACCGAGGUGUUUAACCGGUCAUACACAAUAAUGUUUGCAAUAAACACAACGCUGCUCAUAAUAUCAGUAAUUUAUUCGCUGAUUGUAUUAAAAUGGCAAACAAACCCGCGACAAACGCCUUUGCUCGGUGUCAAUGUCUUGAAGGACUUCUUUGACAAAGAGCAUGUAAUUUCGACGGUUAAAACUCUGACAAAGCCGCGCUCCAAGAACAGGAGGCUUCAUUUGUGGAUGCUCUUUAUUGCAAUGACCUUUUACACCUUUCAAAGGGACGAAAAACCCAUGAGCUACUUGUACACCCAGAGGAUUUUCCAGUGGGACGUGUCGACUUUCAGCAAAUUUAGGACUUUCCAAUCAUCGUUUUUUGUUGCUGCAAUGCUAAUCGGCGGACCAAUAUUGAGCAAAUUAUUGGGAUUAAGAGACACCAUCAUUGUCAUGAUCGGAGCACUAUCUCAUGCUGCUGGUAGAGUGUUUUUCGCUUCCGCUACUACGCCAGAAAUAUUUUACGCUGGAGCCGCGGUUGCUGCUAUUGGGCCGGUAGUUGCACCGGUUUUAAGAUCAAUGACUUCCAAGGUUGUACCAAUUAAUGAACGAGGAAAGGUUUUCGCCAUGUUAUCGGUCUGUGAUAAUGCAGUGCCUUUCUUUAGCGGAGUCUUGUACUCCCAACUUUACAAUGAGACCUAUAAUACUGUACCCAGUGCAAUUUACUGGCUGACUUUUGCGACACAAAUUGCAGUACUGCUUCUUAUUCUUGUCAUACAUUUAUCGUCAGGGUCUAAUCAAAGAGAAAAGAAGGAAGAAGCAGAAGAAGAAGAAGAAGAAGAAACUAAUGUAAGCGAGGCUUCGACUUGAGAAGCAAAUACUUCUAAUAUUCAAGAACGCAUAAUUU